AGUCGGAUCGUCGGUGUUUCGUGUGGCUGUCGCUUAGCUGGAUGCAAUACAGUGCAAUUUAUUUAUUGACGUGGUGUUUUGAGCUAGUGGUGAGCCCCCCUGGACGUGUUUCCAUGGAUUAAUCGACCGCCGAACGGAGAGAGAUGGGAGUGUAGAAGCGAGAGAAAAUGGAAAGCUGACCUAAGGAGAAACCUCCCCCCGAUACCAUUCUCCCGCAGUUCCCAGCCCGCUCUCCCGAAGAACUUGUGUAAAAAUAUUGAUAUUUCCAAACUUGUGUGAAUACUUUGAUUGCUAUAUAGUGCCAGUAGUUCGUACGUAUACCGAGACUUCGUACGUAUACUAUACGAGUUUAUAUUGUUGAAUUAGUGAUUAUUAAUCGUUAACAGAUAUAUAAUUCGGGUUACUGAACACGUUUAUUUGGGUUUAAUAUAUAGGACUGAAGUUGGUCUGCGGUUUUCACUGAAGUUUGGGAUUUUAAUAGGACUAACGGAUGUUCUUUCCUGAAGACUGUUUCAAUAUUGUGCUACUAUGUCGCGGCUCGACCCGCGCCGGUAACCAUCGUGAAUGACCGCCAUCUUCAGCAGCAGCGCCGCAACAGGCAGCAUGGACAUCAAGCACGAGAUGAUCUACCGUGACGAUGAUGUGUUGCUGGUGAAGACCGAGCCGCAGCUUCACUCGCCAUGCCAGCCGGCCAGCGGCAACGGCAUCACCAACCUGCUCGGCUCAUCCAACCUGUGCGCCGCCCCCAACGGUCUAGUCACCACGCUGGCCGGCAGCUCGGCGCUAUCCUCCGCCAACGGCCUGGUGGCCGUCGCCUCGAACAACGGACUCGGUGCCGGUGGACCUUUCAGCGGCUUCGGCGUGACGGGCGUCGCGGUCACGCCCAACAAGCGGCCGCGGACCGACGAUUGGCUCAGUUCGCCCAGUUCGGGGACGAUUAGUGUUAGUGCUCCGCCGCUCACCCCCUCGCCGGGGCCCCCCUCGCAGCCCUACACUGUUAUAAGUAAUGGAUAUUCGUCCCCCAUGUCGUCCGGUAGCUACGACCCCUACAGUCCCAACGGAAAAAUCGGACGCGAAGAUCUGUCUCCCCCCAGCAGUCUGAACGGAUACAGCGCGGACAGUUGCGAUGCGAAGAAGAAAAAGGGGCCCACACCUCGGCAACAGGAAGAGCUGUGUCUGGUGUGCGGCGACAGGGCAUCUGGGUACCACUACAACGCUCUGACUUGCGAAGGAUGUAAAGGUUUCUUCAGGAGAAGUAUUACAAAAAAUGCCGUCUACCAAUGCAAAUAUGGAAACAAUUGCGAGAUAGACAUGUACAUGAGGCGGAAAUGCCAGGAGUGCCGUUUGAAGAAGUGUUUGAGUGUCGGAAUGAGGCCGGAGUGUGUGGUUCCAGAGGUACAGUGUGCUGUGAAACGGAAAGAGAAGAAAGCCCAGAAGGAGAAGGACAAGCCCAACAGUACCACGAACGGAUCUCCGGAAAUGAUCAAAUUAGAACCAGAGAUGUUUUUCUUGCAGCUGUCCGAUUCUGAGAAGACCCUCACUAAUGGCGUCAAGCCCAUCUCGCCAGAGCAGGAGGAACUCAUACAUCGAUUAGUCUAUUUCCAAAACGAAUAUGAACAUCCCUCAGAAGAAGACGUCAAACGAAUCAUCAACCAACCAAUGGAAGGAGAAGACCAAUGUGAUAUUCGGUUUAGGCAUAUAACUGAAAUCACCAUUUUAACCGUACAACUUAUAGUAGAGUUUGCUAAGAGGCUACCUGGCUUUGACAAACUCUUACGAGAAGACCAAAUCGCUCUCUUAAAGGCAUGUUCUAGUGAAGUUAUGAUGUUCCGAAUGGCCAGGAGAUACGACGUUCAGUCAGACUCCAUCCUGUUCGUUAACAAUCAGCCAUAUUCUAGAGAUAGUUACAACCUGGCUGGUAUGGGUGAGACUAUUGAGGAUCUCCUACACUUCUGCAGGACAAUGUACUCUAUGAAAGUUGAUAAUGCUGAAUAUGCCCUACUUACAGCCAUCGUCAUAUUCUCAGAACGGCCAGCGCUUAUAGAAGGCUGGAAGGUGGAAAAAAUUCAGGAGAUCUAUUUAGAGGCUCUGAGGGCCUACGUAGAUAACAGAAGAAAGCCCAGGCCAGGCACUAUAUUUGCGAAACUGCUGUCCGUACUGACAGAACUCCGAACGCUCGGUAACCAGAACUCUGAAAUGUGCUUCAGCCUGAAACUGAAGAACAAAAAGUUACCGCCAUUCCUGGCCGAGAUAUGGGAUGUCGAUUUGAAGACAUAGUAGAGGAGGAUACGAGAAAAUCCGGAGAACCCGGGAAGGGUGGUGCUCCUUUGUUUCGCUGUUCGUUUUUAACUUUUAAUUUCUCUGAUGAGUUGUACAUACAGUGAGAGAGAGAGAGAAAGAGAUAUGGCAUGAAAUCAGAUUACUUAACACAAAGAGAAUGACAGUUGGACAGUGCACCACCAAAGUUGGCUGUGAAAUAUUAUAUAAAAGUUAUUCUUUUUUUACUACUAACCCUCGACGGCAUCUAGAAAUGUUAUAUUAUGAAUAGUUUUUAUUUAGAUGAUUAUGUAGUUCGAUUUUCGUAUAAGAAUCAAACUAUACGUAGAUUUUAUAAGCCUCUAUGAACUUUUAUAAAACUUUAUCUUGGCAAAAUGCUUACUUAAUUGGUAAGACUGGACUGGACUGAAAACAAGGUGCCUUCACGAAAAAAAAACAAGGAUCAUUCAGACUGAGGGCAGGUGCAAGCGAAAACUAGGGACCGUUGAACAGGAAGGGAAAAUUUUAUGAUCUGGAAUCGAUAAUUUAAAGUGCAAUUUAGUUUUUAAUAAAUUAUUAUUGAUUCGUUUAGAUGAAUUUUACGCACCAAUUUAGGAGUGGAUACGGGGGGCAGAAUUACUUCAUACAAAAUUAUUAAGAAUAAAAUGCAACCGUCCGAUGUAGCGUCUUGCAACGUUAACAAUGACAGUGGAAGUGAAGUGAUUCAAACACACCGACUCUGACAGUGCUAUUUCCUGACGUGUGCCAUUUAUUUUUGGGCAUGGGUCACACAUACGUAUAAUAAUAACCACUUUACAGACUAUCCUGCCUUUAAGAACUAUUGAUGUUUAAACUCUUUUGAUGUGUAGUUCAUAGUCUACUCAUUUUUUAUACGAUAUAGUUUCCGCCAUUAGUAUUUCUGCUGCUACAUAUACAAGCAUUACAUAACGUAUAUACAUAUUUUUCAUCGAUGUAGAUAAAACAUAUUUUCAUAAAUGAGACAGAUGUAUUUUUUUUCAGACACCGUUAUUUUUGCGCGCCAUCUAAUGCCUUACGGACAUGGCCCGGCCAGCUGUGCACAAAAUCCCACUCUCACUUUCACUACAACUUGAUUAGUCCCUAACAAUAAAAAAAAAAGAUCUCAAAGAUAACCACAACAAAUCGUACAUAUAAAGAAUAUUUGGUAUCGUCCAAUAGUUUUUAUAUACAGUGUGGACCAGGACAUUUUUUCAAAAAUUUGAUCGAAUGCAUGAAUCGAAUAAAUUUUAUUAUGAUAAUCCAAUUGGUUGGUCAUCUGUUUAUUAAAAGUUUGGCUAAAUAGCUUUCAUUUGUAUCACUUAAGAGGGCUCUAUAGCAAAUAGACAACCAGCAAUACAUUUGUAUAGAUUUUAUUACACAGUUUGUC